AUGAAGGCAACGCGCGACAAUGCUGUGGAAGGGACUCCGACAUCAGAUGUGAUGCAAAUCGACGAAACCCCGGCAUCAGAUCCCUUUCCUACUCAAGGAACUCCCGAAAUCGAUAUCGUUCACAACCAGCAAUUUCCAGCAACAAAUCCUAUUCCUAGCGAGGGGACUCCCCAGAACGAUAUUGUUACCAAGUCAGAUGACGUUGAAAUGCAGCUGGAGAACCUCCCCCAGUCAAAUCCUGAGCAGCAGCAUACAAUUCCCGAGCAAACUCCCGAUGCAGACAAUGAAGAGCUCUUUAUCGUCCACGGCCCUCCCCAGAGACGAAUUGAACGCACUCCCCGUUUGACACAUGCUGAGAUUCGCGAAAGUGUCAAGAUCGGUCUGGAUGAUAGCGGUGCCGGAAAAAUCCCAAGAGCAAGUGUUCUAGGGGCCUCCUUGAAACCAAAUAUCAAUAACAACAACAAGGAUAAAGGUCGAAAGAGAUCGAGUGCCAAUGAUGUUGACGUUUCGACCCUGGGGGGCACCGAUCUCAUUGCGGAUGCACAGGCAAACGCUGGAAAAGAUCCCAUUCCGGUGUCCAAUCUGGGCAACAAAGAAAAUGCCCUACGUGAGAUGGUUGCUAGUCUACCCCCGGAGGCUCGAAACGACGCGAUCCCUGAUGUGAAAUUGGUGAAAGAUGCCACGAAAAAAUUCACAAAGAAACCCAGAGUUGACAAAAAGGGCGCGUGGAAGCACAACAAUCUCAAAUCCAGUCUGUAUCAUCAUCAGGUUCUAGGAGCAGCAUUUAUGCGUGAGAGGGAGAAGUCCAAGGAGCAGCCGACAGGCGGUAUGCUGUGCGACGUAAUGGGUCUGGGAAAGACCAUACAAACACUGGCCAAUAUCGUUGAUGACUAUGAAGAACUGGAGGAUCACGCCAACACCACAUUGAUUGUGGCUCCUAGAGGCUUGAUUGAUCAAUGGGAAGCUACAUAA